AUGGAGGAACUACCAAUUGACUGGUCACAUCCAGCUUUGCGACAACAUCUGGCUCUCGUCAGACUCCAAAUGACCACACCGUUAUCUCUGCUGAUCAACAUUGCCUGCAUUGUAAUUUGUUCAACCCUCGUCAAUCCAUCACUGCAAACAAUUUCUAAACUAAACCCCACUCCGAUUUCGCCGCGACCAUCUGUGAUUCUGGUAUAUGUUGCUCUGAUAUAUCUGUCUCAAAUUGGUUACUGUGCUCUUCUCGUACUCGCAAGGAAACCAGAGACCAAGAGCACUCUUACUAAAGGCGUCGGCCUUCCACUAGUCUUCGCCAAUUGGCUUAUGGCACUCUGGGCUAUCGCUUGGGUGUUUGAGUGGUUUGUUGCGGCAACAGUUUUAUGCGGACUGUUGCUUCUCUUUCUUCUGUAUUCCAACGUCUCUCUCCUGGUCUACCAUCCACCUACGUCCUCGCGCCCCUUCGACACUGCUUUAAUCCAUGCACCCCUUCGGUUCUUCUUCGUCUUGCAAUUCGCGCUCGUUUUCCCUCUUACUCUCUUCAUCGCACUGGGCCUCAAAUAUACCCCAAUGUAUGACGGCACGCCAAUGGACCCCAAUGCCUACGGAUGGCCGAGUUUUGGAGUUGUUCUUGGGACUCAGCUCACCAGCUUGCUCGUUGUUGUGUUGAGGCGUGACAUUGUGUGGUGUGUGGCCGCCACAUGGAUAUGCAUUAGUCUCUGGUCGCUUCGACCAAAGGCACAAUCCGUCUACAUCACCGCUAUCAUCUUCACGGUCAUUCAUCCACUGGCUUUGUUGUUCACAAUCGCACGUUCCUACAUGAAUCGUCCAAGCACAGUAGAACAUAAACCUGAUCAUGGGCCUGUCGCGCUCUCCGGAGACGACUCAGAUCACCCUGCGUUGAACCCCCAUCCAUCGACUGAAUCUCAAAUUCAGGGACCACGGGAAGUGAACGUCGACGAGGUUUGGGGGGCAUAA